ACUUCGCAGCAUAGAUAUGCCCAUUUAACGCUCUAUGGUUCGCAGUAACAUUAUUAAAUUUUACAGCUAUAUCGCUGGCUAAAACUCUAAAGACGUGCAACUAGAAGUUUCGCAAGACUGCAUUUAAAUUAAGUACUUUUAGUAUGUUACAUUCGUUGGACCCCUUAACUCGAUAACAAGCAGAUAUGGCCAGCUCCAGUCCCGUUUUUAAAAACCUACUCAACAUUAUUUUUUCACUUUAUUGUGUGUUCGGUCUAAGCUGCGGUUCGUCUAUGACAUUUGCCAUUGACAACACCUGGGACAGUUUGCCCAUAACUCACGACCCGGUAACAAUAUCAUUUUCCCCGGGAGAUGGCGGAAUGUUAAUGGAAGUGUCUGCCCCGUUCUUCAACGAUCCCGCAGCUCCGGCCGGACCUCCCGGUCAGCCUUUCGCGGGACUCUGGGACUAUGAAGUUGUAGAAUCCUUCUUCUUGAACAGCAUCACAGAAAAGUAUCUAGAAGUGGAAGUUUGUCCCCACGGCCAGCACUUAGUGCUAUUGCUUUCGGGCAGAGGAAAUGCUUUUCAGCAAAUGCUGCCUUUGUCAUUCCACGCGUCCGUAAAUGGACGGAGAUGGACCGGAACCGCGCUUCUUCCCUGGAGAUACUUCCCGCCCGGGGUUAACAAAAUGAACUCGUAUGCAAUUCACGGCUCCGACGAGCGGAGGACCUACGAGGCCCUGUAUCCUGUACCAAGAAGUGAACUUGCGGAUGGCCAAAAACCGAACUUCCACCUUCUGGAAUACUUCCAAGAUUUCAAGCUCCAAGGAAUCAUGGGAGAGGACUGGGUGCAGCCAGAAUCGGACCUUUGGGAAAACGUGCUGAUCAGUAAAAAAGCCGACUCAAUGGCCAAAGGCACUUAAAGGGAACAAAGAAUAAUUAGCGCUUCAGCUCGGCAUCGCUCUGAGACCUGUAACACAAAGCGUAAUUUGGUGAUCAAAGUGGGUUUAAUAUAGACUAGAUUUCAACUCACCGGCGUCCAAAUGUUGUUUCUUUAAUUCGAGUAUGAAAGCUGAUCUGGCAGGAAUGAGAAAACAAACACACUUACUGGACCGUUCUGAAAAACACAUUAUGUAAAGUUGUCUUUGAAUGGUAUACUUGGUUGAAGAAAAUAUGCAUUUUAUAAUCUGUAAAAAAUCUAAAUAAACCUGUAAAUUUGCUCCAGA